AUGUACCAGUUGCUGACAGUAAUGUUGUACGCGGCCCUCGAAGCCCUGGCUGGACGCACCGCUUUGGCUGUCAUUCAGGCACCGCAUCACACAAACCAGAGUUGGGGAUUGCCCAACUUCUUGGCCCACCUGAAGCGCUUGACGUCCUCGAACACCAAUGCAACCACCAGCACAAGCAGGACCCGGCCCUCCGAGACCUGCCAAGGCUACUACGAUGUUAUGGGGCAGUAUGAUGCCGCAUUCAACUGUACCACGGGGGGUUACCGGUUCUGCUGUGGCACAUGCCAGUAUCGUUUCUGCUGCGAUGACCGAUCCAGGAGGCUGGAACAAGGGAGGUGUCGUGAGAGCCCACAGUGGUUUGCCACCACAGUUGCUGGCAUAGCCACUAAUGGGCCUGAUGUACCAAGAGGGGGCAAGCAGCAAGGCAACAGCACAGUGUACGUCAUCUGUGGUGUCAUUAGCUUCACCUUAGCUGUGGGAGUCGGGAUCAAGUUCUUCUUCAGCAAAGCCUCAAGAAGACCACAUGGGAGAGAACUUAACGUGCCCAGGGCUCUGGUUGACAUUCUCAGGCAUCAAGCAGGCACCAGCUCAUGCUCUGAACGCAACAACAGCCUCGUAAUUAACUCAAGCUUCCAAGAUAAUGGUUCAGCUCGUCCCCCAAAGAACUUGUACAACACAGUGAAACCUUCCAAAAGCAGUCAUGAUAACAUGCAUCAUAAUUACAUCCAUUUGAACGUCAACAGUCCCAAGCACCACACGGCCACUCUGGACUGGCACAUGAACCAUACGCCCAGUCACUCCAGUUCAAAGUACAACACUCUCAGCUGCUCUCGCUCCUUCCACAACCUCUCCCAUCUGCCCCCCUCCUAUGAGACGGCCGUCAAGUCAGAACUCAACCGCUAUUCCUCACUUAAGCGCUUGGCAGCUGAGAAGGAUUUGGAUGAAUUCUAUGCCAAGCGGCGACACCUUGCCGAACUGACUCGAGGGACCCUGCCCUUACAUGCCAUGAAGAUGAACUACGACGGGGAUGGUUACUCCGAAAAGUCACACAACCCACGGCGUGUCAUGUCACAGGAACACAUCCUUUCAGAUGGUGGUGGUGGAGGGGGAAGCUACCGCCCAUCACACUAUGAUUACACUAUUCCACGAGAGCGUGUCAUAUCUCACGAGCACCUCCUCUCCCGUGAAAACUUGCAUUCUCAGGAGCGCUUGCUGUCACCUGAGCGUCUCCAUCAGCGCACAGGCCCCUUCCAGGAGAUGCAUCUGGGCCACCAGAAGGCCCUCUCUCAGACCAACGUCUGUGCCAGCAGUACUCCCAUGCUUGACCACCACCAUAUGAUGAUGAAGAACUCUCACCCCACCUCCAACAAUUCCCCCAAGGCUACAGCUCCUUGGGAAGGCAGUAGUAACCAGGCUGCCAGCCGGCGCCAGGGCUUUGCAGCCAAGAGGCAAAGCACCAUUGAUCAAGUCCAGUUCCUCCCAGGGCACCACCCAACCCAACACCUCCCUACUGGCAGCAAGAACGAGGUCACCGUGUGA